UCAUCUUCAUCAUCAACCCGUUGGAAAGCCCGCCAGACCAAUGAUGCCUAUGCGCGAGAAGCCCGUGUGGCGGGUCUGAAGUCGCGUGCUGCCUUCAAACUCCUCGAGAUUCACUCCAAAUACAGGAUCUUUCGCCGAGGCGACACUGUAGUUGAUCUGGGCUUCGCGCCGGGAUCGUGGAGUCAAGUCGCAGUCAGCAAAACCAAUCCGGGCGGUCGAGUCGUCGGCAUCGAUGUCAUUCCCGCUCAGCCACCGCCGGGAGCCAAUGCACUGCAAGGUAAUUUCCUUAGCAUGGAAAUGCGCGAUCGAUUAAGGGAGUUUGUGGGCGACCAAGACCAAGGGAGAGUUGGUACAAGAGGGGGAAUAUUGCAGAGACAGGUGAAUGAUUCUAUAAAGCAGGAUGAGUUGACUGGCGAAGCAGAAACUCAAGAAGAACAACCUGCGGCGAAUGAAGCAGCAGUAGCUGGCGUCCCUGCUGAAGACGAGAUCCUAGAAAGGCACCCCGAUCAUGAAGAGCUAGCAGAACAAGUAUCCGAUGAGGAGAACGGCCGCGUUGUCAACGUGGUCCUCAGUGACAUGUCAGAACCAUGGCCUCUCCUUACCAGUACUCGGAUCAAAAGCGUUAACAUUCCGUAUCUCAGGAUGAUGAACACCAGCGGCAUGGCAUUCCGUGACCACGCGGGCUCAAUGGAUCUAUGUAUGGCUGCACUCGAAUUCUGUUACACCACUCUGGCCACCAACGGACAUUUCCUCACCAAGUUCUACAUGGGCGCAGAAGAUCAGAUUUUCGAGAAGCGAUUACGUCGCUUAUUCCACAAGGUCCAUCGUAUCAAGCCCGACUCCUCGCGGAAGGAGAGUAAGGAGGCAUAUUUCCUUGCGCUGCGGCGGAAAGUGGAUGUUUCCAGGGAGGCAGUUUUGGGCGAU